GUCACAUGCAAGGUACUGCCUGUUGGGGUCGGAAACAAGGAGGUCCCUCAUCCCUAUAUAGUCGUCCUAGUUUAUCAGAAAUGAAGAAUGAGAGAAUAGCAAAUCAUGCCAGGGUUUAUGAGUUCUUGCGAGGAAUUGGCAUUAUUCCUGAUGAGCUUGACGGGUUGGAGCUUCCUGUGACAGCUGAGGUUAUGAGGGAACGUGUAGAUUUUCUUCACAAAUUAGGGCUUACCAUCGAAGACAUCAACAACUAUCUGCUUAUUCUUGGUUGCAGUGUAAAGAAAAAUAUGAUUCCUGUUCUUGAUUACCUUGGAAAAUUGGGUGUCAGGAAAUCCAGUUUCACUGAGUUCUUGAGAAGAUACCCUCAGGUUCUCCAUGCUAGUGUUGGUGACCUUGCUCCAGUGGUCAAGUAUCUUCAAGGGAUGGAUAUCAAGCCUAACGAUAUUCCUCGAGUUCUUGAGAGAUAUCCCGAAGUGUUGGGAUUCGAGCUUGAAGGGACCAUGAGCACAUCGGUGGCUUAUUUGGUUGGAAUUGGAGUUGCAAGAAGAGAAAUUGGAGGGGUUUUAACCAGAUACCCUGACAUUAGCCUUUUAGGCAUGCGAGUAGGCAGGAUGAUCAAACCUUUUGUGGAGUAUCUGGAAGGCUUGGGCAUUCCAAGAUUAGCUGUAGCUAGACUGAUAGAGAAGUGGCCUCACAUCACGGGGUUUGGGUUGGAGGAGAGGGUAAAACCAAAUGUGGAAUCCCUUUUAGAGUUCAACGUUAGAGAAGCAUUACUUCCUUCUGUAGUAGCACAGUAUCCUGAGAUUAUAGGACUUGAGUUGAAACCGAAGCUUUUCAGUCAACAGAGUUUGCUUAAUUCAGUCAUUAUUAUUGGUCCUGAGGAUUUCGGCCGAGUUCUUGAGAAGAUGCCCCAGGUUGUUAGCCUCAGUAAUGCAACUGUGAUAAAGCAUGUAUAUUUUCUAAAGAUUUGUGGAUUCUCCUUGGAACAAGUGAGGACGAUGGUUGUCGGGUGUCCCCAACUGCUUGCUUUGAAUCUUGAUAUCAUGAAACUGAAUUUUGAUUACUACCAAAUGGAGAUGAAAAGGCCUUUGGAUGACUUGGUUAUGUUCCCUGCAUUCUUUACAUAUGGUCUGGAGUCUACCAUAAAAGCAAGACACAGAGUGGUUGCGAAGAAGGGGUUAAAAUGUUCUCUUGCAUGGCUUCUUAAUUGCUCUGAUGUGAAGUUUGAUGAACGGAUGACCUAUGAUACUAUUGACAUGGAGGAGAUGGAAACAGAACAAUCAUUCGACAUGAAUACACUAAUGGAACCAAGGAGUGAUGAGUCAGCUUAUGAUUAUGAUGAGGACAGUGAGGAUGACUAUCUAUAGAAUCAGGAAUCAGCUUCAGUUCAUGGUAUGCAGUGGAGAAAUUGGCUUUCUCAAUGUGGGUCUUCGUGUAGAUGGUUUAAGUGCGAUAUUUGAAUGGUAUGCUUCUUUACUUGCAUUUCUAGUUUCAACUUUUUUUUUUCUUAACCAUGUAUAUAGAUAGAGUGGACAGGAACUCAUAAUUGAUCUAGUGAACUUUCAGUGCCCAAGAAUUGAUGAUA